AUGUUGAAAGAGAUAGGAGAUGUGGUUGACGACCAAUCUGCCAAGCGCAUUAAAGAUCUACUCCAAAAGAAUAACUCCAAAUCAGGCCAUGUGUCGAAUGGAAUGCCUGAUAAGUCUCAGGACCAAACUGGGUCAUCUAAGCGAUCCAGUUCACCUUCUUCCAUUGGGUCAUUGGAAGCGGUAGAUCGAGUCGAGGAAGACCUCAAUCUUACAGAAAGCUCUCGGGCUACUGGAUAUAUGGGCAAGAGCUCGGAGAUUACGUGGAUGGGUCGGGUGCAGGAAGAGGCAGAACAGCGCAAUCGCGGUCAAUCACCAAAAGCCACAUCCGAAAAUCAUACCGGUGACAAAAUUUCCCCGACCACCGUCAACUAUCAUAUUGAUGACCUUGGGGUUGAUGCGCCUGGACUGGUGCAAAUGUACUGGGUGCCUCCUCGACAUGUAGCAGAUCAUCUGUUCGAAACUUAUCUGCUCGCAGUCCACCCGCAUUUCCCUAUCAUCAACAGCACUUUGUUUUCCACUCAAUACAGGGACUUCUUCGAUGAAACAUCCUAUGCGGGUGAUAAGUGGAUGGCAAUAUUGAACAUGAUCUUUGCCAUUGCAACAGAGUACUUAUAUAACAGUGAUGUUGCACAGCGGAGGGAUAUCAAAGACCAUCUCUUCUACUUAACGCGAGCUAGAAUGCUAAGUAUGGGUGGCGACAGCUUAUUCGAACAUCCGGAUCUGCAACAAGUGCAAAUAGAGGGGUUGAUUGCAUUUCACAUGCUCUCCACAAACCAGAUUAAUAGGGCGUGGAGAAUCUCGGCUUUAGCAAUUCGGUCCGCUACCUCCCUUGGCAUCAAUCUGAAAAGCAGUUGCCGUAAAAUGUUAGGCGUAUCAAAGGAGAUAGGCUGCCGAAUUUGGUGGUGUCUUUACACGGUCGAACACACGCUAGGGUCGAUGACUGGUCGGGCAACCUCUAUUUCGACCAAUAUGUACACCACUCAACUACCCCUUCCCUUCGACGAGGAUCAUCUGUCGGAGCCAUCAGCUAAAUUGUUUCUUGAUAACUUCGAUAUAAGAGAGAAACGCGUGGACAUGGCUAUGACUAGCCCACACAUUCGCUAUCCCGACAGCCAGCAGACUGAAGAUGCACUGGCUGGGCGCUUGUGGCUUCAAAGCCUACCAGUUAAUUCCAGUCUGUAUUUCCUGUACUACUGUGAUCUCACAGUCAUCAACCAGGAAAUCCUAGACCAGGUCUAUUCAGCGGAGAGUGCAGCAGUAUCUUGGGAAGAUAUCAAGGGCAGCAUUAGUCGGCUGAAGGCGACUGUCGAUGCAUGGUUAUUGACUCUUCCCCCCGGGCUGGACUUCACUGCUUUAAAAGAUGAAAAUCAGAAAACUUAUUGGGCGAAGACAAACUUGGCUUUCCACUAUCAUAGCACACGGAUCGUGCUAGGUCGGCCAUGUCUCUGCCGACACAACCCAAAUCAGACCGACAGACGACGGAAUAGUACCGAAGAGCGGGGAUUUAGUCACGACAUGGCUGUGAUGACCCUAGAGUCAGCGAUGAAAAUGCUCGAUUUGUUACCCGACGAGCCGAGUUCUGUGCAUCUAUAUCAAUUCUGUCCGUGGUGGUGUUUCCUUCACUAUAUCAUGCAGGCAGCAACAGUAAUUAUACUGGAGCUCUUGUUUCGAUGUGUUCACAUGCCAGACCGACAAAGCAGUCUGAUUCAGUCAGCGAAGAAGUCUGUCCGGUGGCUUUACAUGAUGUCCACACAUUGCAUUGCGUCGCAUCGUGCAUGGCAACUUUGUGAAAGUGCACUUCGUCGGCUGGUGUCUAGCAUGGGAUACGACGACAGCGACACACCACAGACUCCAAACCAGCAGCCUGAUGGCCUAUCUGGUGAUCAUGUCGACCAUGUGCCGCCUGCACAGCGUGAUGGAAGACAUGACGGCAUGCAAGGCUUGUCUUACAAUGGUCAAUACCAAUCGUCAAUACAGCCUCAUGAAAAUCAUGAUGUGGGGCAUUCCAAUAAUGACUCAGACCUCGCGGGUUCUUUGGCGUUUGGGAUUUUAUGCGCGCCAAGUACCGAAGAGCAUACUGCAGGCGAUGCUCAUUUCCCCUAUGACCCAAUUAGCCAAGAAUUUAUUCGUUAUCUCUUCCCCUCGCUGGAUGGAGGGGAUAAUCCAAACGGCGAAAAACAUACAUUCUGA